CCAACUUGCAGAGCAGCAGCAGUGGUGAAGUUUGCAGAGGAAAACUCAGACUUCGUAAACAGUUGAGAAGCUCACCAAACAUUAAAGUGACACAGGCCAAAGGCAGGCAGCCACUAUGGAGGAUUUAGACGCGUUGCUGGCGGACCUGGAAUCAACUACGUCCCAUAUCUCAAAGCGUCCCGUGUUCUUGCCCGAGGAGACGCCCUAUUCCAUCCCCACCGGAGGACAUUCCUACCAGGAUGUGUCGGUUCCACCUCCAGUCCCUCCUCCACCCUCAGCAGAGGCUCUGAACGGGUCCCUGAUAGAUCAGCCAGACUCUCACCACUCCUCUCAGCAGUCGUUAGGUUCAGCCCAGAAGAGCUCAUGGUCGAGGGACAGUAGCAGCUCUCCGUUGUCUCACAUUGAAGAGGACCACGUCUACAGUUUCCCAAACAAACAGAAGUCAGACACGUCAACAGCAGCCAUGACCUCUGCCAUGGGCAGUAACCUCUCAGAGCUCGACAGGCUGCUGCUGGAACUCAACGCGGUGCAACAGAGCUCCCCUUCAUUCCCCACCACAGAGGAGGCAGCUCCACCCUUACCAUCCUGCAGCAUCACCCACUAUGAGAACGGCAGCGCGCCUGACAUCAUGGUGAGCCCCCCCCCUCAGGAGAAACCCAAGAGGAACGGAACAAGACUGGAUGAGCCCCGACCCACCGUGGAGAGUCUGCUGGACGAGCUGGAGGGCUCAGUGCCUUCACCCAGCCCCUCUGCUCGCCACAGUGAUUUGGACACAGCCUCUCAGCAGCAAGCCAGAAUCUCAGCUUCCUGUGCCACAAGAGAGCUAGACGAGCUGAUGGCCUCUUUGUCUGACUUCAAGAUUAUGGCUCAGGGGAAGGGUGGUGUUCCUGGUGGGCCUCCGACACAGGUCAACAAGCUGGACAACAUGCUCGGUAGCCUUCAGUCUGACCUCAACAAACUGGGUGUGCAGACGGUUGCUAAAGGAGUUUGCGGCGCCUGCUGUAAACCAAUUGUGGGACAGGUGGUGACCGCCAUGGGCCGCACAUGGCACCCUGAACACUUUGUGUGCACACACUGUCAAGAGGAGAUUGGCUCCAGGAACUUCUUUGAGCGUGAGGGACAGCCGUACUGUGAGACGGAUUACCACAACCUGUUCUCCCCGCGCUGCCACUACUGCAAUGGGCCCAUACUGGAUAAAGUUGUGACAGCGCUGGACAGGACAUGGCAUCCUGAACACUUCUUCUGCGCUCAGUGUGGAUCCUUCUUCGGCCCAGAGGGCUUUCAUGAAAAGGAUGGAAAAGCCUUUUGCAGGAAGGAUUACUUUGACAUGUUUGCACCAAAAUGUGGCGGCUGUGCCAGAGCCAUUUUGGAGAACUACAUCUCAGCGCUGAACAGCCUCUGGCAUCCUGAGUGUUUUGUUUGCAGGGAGUGCUUCACCCCAUUUGUGAAUGGAAGUUUCUUUGAGCACGAUGGCCAGCCCUACUGUGAAGUGCACUACCACGAGCGCCGCGGCUCCCUCUGCUCUGGCUGUCAAAAGCCCAUCACAGGACGCUGCAUCACAGCCAUGACCAAGAAGUUCCACCCGGAGCACUUUGUCUGCGCCUUCUGCCUGAAACAACUGAACAAAGGCACCUUUAAAGAACAGAACGACAAACCCUACUGCCAUGGCUGCUUCGUCAAGCUGUUCAGUUAGAGAGUCAGGGAGGGCAUUCACAGGUAUGGGUCGGAGCUUAGAUACACACAGGUAGGGUGGGGAUCAGAUUCACUGUGCUUGUAUCAAAGAGGGUUGUCUGUAUUCUGAUGGUGACAUUGGAAGUGUGUAUGGAUUGGGUAUGUGCAUGUGGUUGAAGCAGCAUACUGUUUCUGCCAGACUAAAAUACUUUUAAUAAGUAAUGUGUUACAGCUUGGCAUUUUUGAAGCUCUUACAGGUUUUGAGUGUGUGACAGAGAUAUACUCAAAAGGUGACAAGAGUUUUUCAAGUCAACACAGACAUGCACACGUUUUUAUUCUUAAUCCUCUGAAAUGUGUUGGAUAUUUUCAUCAGGCAAAGAGCUGUCCUUUUCUGUAUUUCUGCCAUAAUUGUGUUUCCAAAUCUUUUUAGUUUUUAACGUGUUAGAUGGUGGUGAAAUUUUACAGAACACUGUAGAAAUCCACAAAAUACUCUGUUUGACAUUGUUGCUCACUGGUUGAGAGUGUCAUUUUAGAAACCAUAAAAAAACUGUAGUAGCGAGAAGGUGACUGUUUAUCAUUAUGAACUGUUUUUACAACAGAGGAGGGUAGAAGGUUUUUUUCCCCAGAGAAUAGAUGGAUAAAUCCAUAACAUCACUGUAGCAUUGACUGGAAAUGAGCAUUCAAAAUAAUUUGGAUGUGUGAAAUGGAUUGUUGUGUCUUUACACUUCUACAGACACAAGAAAGCGCUCAUAUAUUAUGUUUUUUUUUAUUGUGGAUACCAGCCUUUACAAAGAUUCUACUUUUUAUUAAUCAAUUUUACACUUUUUCCAAAAUCAGUGUCAAGCACACCUUUUUUUUAGCCAAAGGCAAAUGAUGAAUAUUUUCACAGAGAUCAUUAAUGAAGAAAUUCAAUAUGUAGCCAUCCACAGUUACAUGUGUGAACAAACCUCUGAUUCUGUGGUGCCAAAUCAUUCCUUGUAUUUUCACAGAAGAAAAGAGAAAAUCUGAAGACAGAUUCUUGUGAAGACAGUGAAGUGGAAUCACACAUACUGGGAGUAUAUUGUGUAUUUCUUACACUAUCAUAACUGUUUCUGCGUACAUCCUGAGAAGUUUUUUGUAAAUAUCCAAUGCAGCUACAUGUGAGGAAAGCGCUGGCAUGCUUGGUAUGUACAUGUGUUUGAUAACCACUCAUUCAAAGGGGGAGAGGACUGGUACGAAGGCAAAGCAAAGAUAUUUUGAUAUUUUUGGUGACAUUACUGUAUUGAGAAGCUGAUGAAUGCUCACUAUUUUGAAAGAAGUACAUAAUUCAAGAAUAUUUGCCUGUGAUAUUCCAAUGACUAUGCAACUGUGGUUUAACAACUUUGUAUUUCAGCAUCAGCGUGUAUUUCAGAAGUAACAGGCUGCCUGUGCCAUUGUAUCAUUACCAUGUCUAAUAACACUGGCAAACAGAUCAAUAGUCCACAGUUAUGUUUUCAUAUUAUUAGUCUGUGAGUCCACUGAGAAAUAUAAAAAAUAAGAGCCUGGUGGUCUGUUGAUGACUCAUUUCCCUCAGCAUCUGAGUAGCAUCUACUGUAUGAGCACCAGGCUGGGUCUGUACAUGUAGUCAUGACAUGCAGAAGAUGUAUCGGGCCUUUUGUCUUGUUCAGGGAAUAAUAGAGCCUUAAAUCUUUUCUCACUCUAUUUAAGGUAUCAUGUAACAGUUGUCUUUUUCGAAUCGGUUUAGUAGAAUGUUAUUUAACCAAAGCCAUACCUUUGAAUUUAUUUUUGUGUCAAUUCACUUUUUUUUCCUUUCACUCUGAAUGUCAGUAGUUAUGAAUAGUGAGAUUCCUCACCUCUGGUCUGAUUACGCAAAUAAAUUCUGUUUUGGUAUUAAAAUGG